AGAUAUACUAUGUCUAUGGUCGCCAUGAUUUAUUUGGCCUGACGUCUGACAGCUGUGAUGCGUGAUACGAUGUUUCGUUGUGAUGUUUCCAUCUUUUGAUGGCGUUGAUUGACGGCGGUUAUGAGAAUCGCGGAAAAGAAUGAGCGAAGAGAUUGUUCGCGAUGCGAGAUCAUUAUUCUCGUUUUGAGCAUGGGUGCCUAAUACGCACGUCAGCGUUAUCAGUGUAUAUAUCUGUAUAUAUCGUAGAUUUUUCAUUUCCUCGCAAUGCGUACCUGAUUUAAUUAGCACUUUUGAUCGCUGUAUGUUUGUAAAAUCCACGUCGGAAAAUACGCGGGAUGUCCACUCUGCGGAAGAAAGCGAGCAAAAAGUCAACGACAAGGAAAACCGACACCCUUGUAGGAGAUGUGACCAUUGACGACUUUGCUAAUACUUUACGAAUCCGCGCAAGGCUCAAGAAAUCUAUUACAAAUGUCUCCAAUGAAGUAAAACAAGAAGCAACGAUACAAGAAGAAAAACCUGCAUGGGACAAAAUAGACGAAGAGAAUUUAUUGCAAAGUAAUGUAAUAGAAAGUAAUCACAGAAUUAUGUCUGGUACUAAUACAAGAAGGAAUAGGAGAAAGUUAAAAUGUCAGGAGGAUAAUGAUAAAGAAGAAGGGAUUGAUUAUCCAUUAGACAUAUGGUUUAUUAUUUCGGAAUAUAUACGACCCGAAGCAGUAGGAAAGUUUGCACGGAUUUGCAAAAGUUCUUGUUAUGUAACCACCACUGCAAAAUUUUGGUUUCAUUUAUAUAAAUCAUAUUACAAAUUUGUACCAAAUUUACCCGAGCAUCUGCAGCCACAAUGUAUGAGAUUACAUGGAUUAAGAGCUUGCGUUAUCAGGGCAUUACAUUACAGUUAUUUCACAUCACUAUUACAACGGGAAGUAGACGAUAUGUCUUACUUACGACAAGAGGAACCACAUUCUCUUGUGAAAAGAAAAUGCACUCUUAUGUGGCAUAAAAAAGGGAAAAUACGAUGGUAUUUUUAUUUUAAACUGAAGGAGAUUUCCAAAAUAUGUAAGAAUCCGUUAAAGCAAAAUAUACAACAAUGUGAUACUAAGAAAACUGAAUUUCUCGAAAUGCUGGAAGAUGUGGCUGUUAAUCCCGAAGAAGGUUGCAAAGUGCUUAGGGUAACUUGCUUAAAAUAUAGUAUGCUACCGCCGGUAAUCGGAUUAGUUUUGCAAACAGUAUCUAUGAAUUUAAUGCCCGGCUUUAGAGAACAUCGACUUCAGCUUGGAUUCGGAACAUCGGAUGUUCCUAGUACAUUAACCAAUCAAGUUAUACUUCGUGAUGUUACCGAGUACCGUAUCUUAGAUUGGUGGGAUCCCACCUAUCCUCAUCAGGACGCGAACUACACAAUCGAAUUAUUGACAAGUGACUCUUGGGAUUAGAAUUUAUUAUACAGAUUGUUCUUAUAUUUUGUGUAUGGAAAAAUAGAAAAAUCUUUAAAUUUUAUAAGACAAAUAUAUCUCAACGUGAUGAAU